UUCUUCUUCUUUCACUCUUUAAUUUGUCCAACCCUUCCACCUCCCACUGUAAUUAGCAAAGCAGCAAUCGACCUUCUAUCUGUGUUUCAAAGUACAAUAAGGGUCAGAACGACAUUAAUGCUGGUGACCUCAAGCAGGGUGUUGAGUGACCUGCACGCGCAUGCGUUCGUUUUUGCGCUGAAUUCAUUAACGUUGACGUCAUGAACUUUGUCUUGGGGUUUGCGGUUGUAUGACUAGGGUGGUUUGCAUAAUUCUCACUAAGCUAAAAGAAGAGUCAAGAAUUAUCGCAUCAGGGAAGGAUGGGCUUUACUGAUUAUUCCCAGCAAACAUCCUUCUAGAAUGCAGGAUGCUAGCAGGUUCUAUAAAAGAACGCUCAGAAGGUUGCAGGUCAUGCUGGACCUGUUUCUUGAUAAAGAACCAUUUUCUGACCAUCGUCGGACGCUGCCAGAGAGUCUGACAACUAGAACUUUGGAGAAGACAGAAGUACUCACAAUGGUCAUCAGCAUGUCUCCAAGACCCUUAGCAGCUGUUGUGGCCACACUGGUCUUACUGGCCAGUCCUCUGUAUGCACAGACCACCGAGACAGUUGAUAUCAAGAAAGAGGCCAAGGAUUUAGUGACUUCCAUCCGUCAGAUCAUCAUGAAGGCAAAGGAAGGUUCUCCUCUGGAAAAGAUUCUCCAGGAUGUUCUUGACUUACAGAACGUCACCCUUAAUCUCAUCUCAAAGUUACCGACCAAAGAAAUUUCGCAAUGCGAGACGCAGGCGGUCAUCAAGACGGCUGCAGCAGCAGUGAGAAGCCAUGAGGUGCUCGGCGUUCUGCUGGCGACAGGCACUCUCAACGUCCUCAGCGCUCGCCUCGGUCUGGCACUGGCCAUGGUGACUCAGGUGACCCAGCAGUUGGAAGACAAGUUGGCGCGGUCGUCUGACGUAGGCCCAGAGCUGUCCGCCAUCAUCUUCGGCACCAACACCACUGCCACCAUCAUCAACACUGCUGACGAGAAAAUCAAGAAGGAGAUUAUUUCCGUGGAACAAGGAAACAGGACAAAGAGAGGAGCUGUCUUACCAUUGGCUCGCGGGUUUGACUUCAGGAACCACGUGGUCAUAUGGAGGGACACGAUUGGCUGGCACACAGUCCACGUACCUCCUUACAGACGGCACCACGUGUAUGCGAGAUCGCCUCGCUCUGGUUGGACGGGUGGACUCUCUGGCUCGGGUACCUUGAAGGAAGGCGACGUGACUGGCGGCGUGGAAUGGAAAAGCAAAAAGGGAAACUGGGACAUUGGAGCUGGUGGUGGUUUAUCCUGGGGUCCAGAUGGCUUGAAGCCGUCUGUAGGUUUUAAAAUCAACUUUAAAUUUUAGUCCUGACGUCAAAUAAAAUGAAGUAUAGGAUUAUCUGGAAUCGACCCUCAGACAUGUCACAUAAAGGAAGAUUUAUCAUCAAAUCUACGUUGUUGCUGCUAGCAAUCGGUGGAUAUACAAGCACAACUAGUUCUCAAGCAUAUGGUUCAUAAUUCGGGUUUUUUCCCCACCCACCUGAAGAGUCAAUAGCAGUUGAAUUUAUCAAUGGGAUUUUCUGCUUCCGUUUCAAAGAAUACACUAUUACUGAAAAAUGGAAAAUAAUUAUGUCCAAUGUGCUUGAAUACAUUUCUUUGUUGAA